AUGCCAAGGGAAUAUGUUGUAAACGAUGUUGAUGAUGUGAACGAUGAUGAUGAUGAUGAUGAUGAUGAUGAUGAUGAUGAUGAUGAUGAUGAUAAUGUUGAUGAUGAUAAUGUUGAUGAUGAUAAUGAUGAUGAUGAUAAUGAUGAUAAUCUCCUUUAA